CCACCCCUUCAACCCCACAAUUCCGCCUCCCUUUCAUCGGCCGUUGCGGAGGCGAUGUCGACGCAGGCGAUGAUCGAUAGCCAACGCGAGGGCGCGGAGGUCUACCACGGCGCCGGACUCUGCAAGGAGCAGUCGAUGAAGCUACUGGACGAGAUCCACCUGCCCAGGGGCCUCCUCCCGCUGCCGGCCUUGGAGGAGGUCGGCUACAACCGGGCCACCGGGUUCGUGUGGCUGAAGCAGAAGAAGGCCGCCACCCACGUCUUCAAGGCGAUCGGAAAAACAGUGUCGUACGCGCCGCAGGUCACGGCCUUCGUGGAGGACCGGCGGAUGAAGCGAUUGUGCGGGGUCAAGAGCCGGGAGCUCCUCAUCUGGGUCUCCCUCUCGGACAUGUGCAUCGACGACCCCGAGUCGAAGCGGAUCACCUUCAAGACCCAAGCCGGUAUCGGUCUCUCCUUCCCCGUCUCCGCCUUCCAGACCGAGGAGGAGGAGGAGAAAUCCAAGGAGGAUGGUAAGUAGUCCCCCCCAACUUCCAUUCAUCAAAUAAAUGAACCUUUAUAUAUAUAUAUAUUAUGCGACAGUUAGACUUCACGUUAGAAGCGAGGUUGAUAUGAGCUCCUUCUACCUCUAUAAAUAUCUAUCUAUCCAUCUAUCCAAAUAUGUUUCAGCUAUAUCAGAAUAAAUAUAUAAGAGGCAUCGAGCGUGCUUCAUUCCA